UCCCUGACAUCGUCAGCGAUUCCCUGUCAUCGUAAAUGAUGCGUGGCCGAAGCGACUGAAAUGUUUUAAAAGCCGGAUGCGUUCAGGAUGAUGUCGUCUUGUCAGUUUAAGUGGCUUUGGGGUGUAAUUUUGUGUGUGUGUGUAAGGACUUGCAAAAAAAAAAUUCCGGCAAGAGACAUGUAAUAAAUUUAUGUAGGAUUUCAGCGUCAGUAUUGAAGUAAUCAGAUUUCAGUGGUUGGCGCAGCCUCGCAAGUAAAUGGCCCCUUAUCCACGAGGUUGAGGUCUUAACUGUUCCUUUUGAACGAGUUCUGUAGGAUCAGCUGACUGCUGAUUAUAAUUCGCACUAGACGACGUAGGGGCUGUGUCCUUAGUUGAUAAGCAGAGAUUAGAGCUAACAUUUAACAUUCUGCCCCGUAGCAAGUUUUCUCUGCUGCUUUUUGGAUUAUUCUGUUCAAAUUAAACACCUCUGUCUAGAUGAGUAGCAUUGCUUGGUGCAUAACAUAAAAACAUUAUUUCUGGUAGUAACACGUAUUAGCUUAUAUACAUUAUGUAUACGUAAUCAUGCUUUACAACGGCUUAGUAUGAUUACAAAGUUGGAAAAUUAGAAACAGUAAUACUGGGCAAAGUUGAGUAGUGGUUGUUUGCCAGACUUGUUUCAAAUCAUCUACACGCUUUACCUCAUUUAAUCUUUGGGAUAACUUUUUGCAUAAACAGAGGUUACUCUGAAGUACUUGAGUACACGAGUUUGAUUUGAAUGUGUCCAAAUGGUGAAUAUGUACAUUAAUUGCUUCUGUUUCUGUUUUUCGUAAAACAAGGGUGUUGGCAAUAUAAAAUGACUCAGAGUAAAUGUGUUUUUCAAGUUGGAAGGUGGCUUUUCAAUUGCAUGGAAUUGCAGUUAGUCCCUUUAUUGGAGUAUUCAGUAGUUUCCAAAGCCCUGUGUCUCUUUUUUUUUUUUUUUUAUCAAAGUUCCCAUUACAUGUCAUUGUCACUCAAUCAAGAGGCCGUGCUUGGACGUUCAGAAAAAGUAAAUGUUGGGAAAGCCUUAAUUGCUCCUGGUGAAAGGUCUCUUCUUACCCUGUUUAGUCUCUUAGUGACAUUCCUAAUUAAGAGGUUAACAAAUGACAUACAGGAAGGGUGAUUUUCCAAUACCAAACCAAGGGAAUAAAAAGCAGUGGGUUGACUGUUACUUUGUUGAUGAGUCUAACAUUCAUGGGUACAUGAAGGUUAGGAAUGUUAUGUAAUCUAUGUUGUAGGGGUUCUAACCUCAUUUUUUAGUUUGCCUUUGAAUGUCUUAAACAUAUUUGAAUCCAGUACUUUGUGCAUUAAGAAAUUUUUGACUGGAUUUAAUUGAGUAGUUUGGACAUCCUUAAGUUUAUUCUGGGUCUUCCCUGGCAGUCUAGUGGUUAAGACUGUACUUCCAGUGCAGGGGGCGUGGUUUCCAUCACUGGGCAGGCAAGUUGUGCAGGGCAACCAAAAAAAAAAAAAAGAAGAUUAUUCUGUUUCCAGGGGCGAUGGUGGGAUCCAGCAGUGUGCAUCCUAUGAGAGUCGAAGCGGUUGAAAGGCCUGCAGAGGAGGAGGGAAGUGCUCAGAAACGUGUCUUAUUUGUGAUGAGAGCGUGUUGGACUUAACCCAUCUUUGUAUAGUGGUCCGCCAUCAGUAAGGGAUUUGAGAACGCUUUUGCCAGUCGAUAUGUAUAAGAGGUUCCUUUACCCAAAGGCAUUCUCUUCCGGGAGGAGAUGAGUGGAGGUUUGUCAUCAGUGGAAGGAUGUAGAAGACAAAGAUGCAAGUGUUAAUCCUUCCGCCCAUGGUGACUAACUGAUUCCUGCCACCACAUGCAUCUUCAGGCACUUCCCUGGAGAUGUUUGAUGUCUGUGGGCAGGCGCUAGUAGAGGAGGGAAGGAAGGAAGAGGGUGGGAGGAGCCAGAGCCCGGGGCUUUAUGAACGGGCUUUCGUUUGGACCUCCACGGCCUCUGAAAACCUUUCCAACAAUACUGACUGUGUGUGUCUGUAAACCUCUUAUAUGUUAUUUGUGUUCAGAAAUAAUAGAGAAUGUCUCUUUAACGUGCUUCAUAAACAGUGGAGCAUACUGAGAGUACAGAACAGGAAAAGUUGUUAACUUCUGUGGGUUUGCCAUUGUUGGAAGCCGGAGCAACCGUAAUGCCAGCCUUGGCUCCUGUCUGUGAGGUGCUGAAGCGGUGUUGUGUUUCAUCCGAGAGGAGAACACCCCUUCCUCCUUACUUCAGAACUCAGCUGUCACGUGGAGUGAGUGCCCUUUUAGGUCCUGCGGCGCUGGGGCCUUUUCUAGGUCCCUCAUGGCCGUAUCUCGGCCUGCGGAAGGUGAGCAGUGAAUGUUUGUGGGAUGAACAGGUAUGCCAGAAUCCGCUCUCUGUGCCCGCCUCUUGUGGAGGUUCCACUCGCCUCCAGGGGCAGGGCGGGCCACUGCAGGCUCGCCCUCUCCACGGCCCCAGCUCACAAGGAACCCUUGGCAUUCAACCUUUUAUGGCUUUAUAUUGUUGUAGGAGUGUUUUGUGUUUUGUUUCCCCACCCAAAAUACAGGCUGUCUGAGGGUAGGGAAUACAUGUUUGUACAGGCCUGUGUGUGAGAACUUCCUUGUUCAUCUGGUAUAACAAUCUAUACCAAGUAGGUUCAUUUUUACCUCUUGAGUGACUAGUAGGUGCCAUGGGGGAAUGUCAGAAAAACUCAAGAUGUGGUCCCAGGCCUCAAGUGGGUAAACAUUGAGCAAACAUUGUGUACACAUGUGGAACAGUAUGAGAAUUUGGAGUUACAUAAAGCAAAUAACAAUAGCUACUAUCGAUGGAAUGCCUAGAACGUGCUUUUGCAUCUAAAUUUAUUUGACUCUCACAACAACCCUGUUGUCCCGUUAUAGCCCCAUUUUUUACAUGGAGAAACUGAGGCACAGAGAGAUUCAGCCACAUACGAGAGAUCACAAUACGAGCAAUAAGCCAGGGAGACGGGAUGCGAACCGCAGGCAGCCUGGCUCUGGAAUCAGGGUGGAUUCUCCCCGGAGCUUUACUUUAUCAAAGAUAGAAGAGAGAGCUAGAACUUGACCCUAGUUUCUCAGCUGCACAAACUCUUUUACAAUUUCAGAGUAGCACUCACAGUGGCAGUGACCCUCAGGUACAGAGGCUAUGCCGGAUUUUCCAGGCAGGAGAGGUUGGUAAUGAAAUGGUUGAGGGGACUCUAUUUUGAUGUGACUGGAAGCACCAAGAAGAGAAACCGGACUUUGCAUUUCAAAGCUGAGUGAGCAGUAGAGCUCUUGCUUGGUUACUCCUGUUGAAUUCUAGGACGGUGAUUCACAAGGACAGAGGGCCGUGACUGUUUAGGAUACUAAUUCAGUGUCUACUCAUGUGAAAUAAAACAGUACUGAAUGAACUCGUUACUACCUUUCUUUUUAAAAACACUUUUAACCCCCUAGUGAAUGUAACUUACCAGGAUGGGAGUGUCACGGAAGGCUUCCGGUGCCCAUCUGUCCGGUUGCCUGGUCCUUACGUGAAAUCUUGACUCACUUCUUCAGCUUGUCUUGGACAACCGAGCACACUUUUGGGGCCCGGAGGCCUCUUCCAACCAAGUUGUAUUUCUCUGGUGGAUUAAAAAAAAAAAGUAAAGCAGCACUGUUGGUUUGGUAACAGACCUGGAGUAAGGUCACUCGGAAGCCACAUGGACUUGGAUGAGGGCCCGCAAACAGAACGCAGCAAGAUGAAGGAAAAUGGUUUUCUUCGAAAGCCCAAUUGUAUGUCCCUUUAGUUGGGAGACGACAGUGUUAUUUUGGGGGUGUUGGGCGCCAACAGAGUCCGCUGAACCCACAUGACCCCGCCGAUAGGGAGUACUACCAUUGGCCCUGGAAUCCGAGGAAGAGGUGCCCUGGAGCAGGCCCGGGCCUGGUUAGCAGCUCUGCAGGUACGUGUUCUGGGGGACACAUCACUUCUGCUGGGGGGUCAGGGGGACAGCCUUGUAGUUUCAGUAAGAAAUGACACAGUGCUGCUCUCCUUUUAACAUCAGCUCAUAUUCUGGGAUGGCCCCUCAGCAAAGGAGCUGAUGGCUGUGAAUAUUGCCCACAGUUGUGUUCUAUUUAAUUAUCCAAGGCUACAGUUGGGGCUAAAAGAAUCUACAUGGAAGUGUUUUUAUCCAACUGGCACGUUAGCCUCAAUCUUAGUUUCAGCUUCCUCUCUGAACAGGGAUUUUUAGAGAAAGAGACAGUGAUUCAUUAGUCCUAAACCUGUCAAGCUGGGGUGAUGGUGUCCCUCCUGCCCAGUUUUAUGACUCUGAGGUUGGUAGAGUGGCACCCUGACCAGUAUGGCGGUGGUUUAAGCACGAGUGUAGACAGAACGACCCAGGGCUGCUUAUACAGUGACAGUGACAGAUGCCUCCUCUUAAUCCAGAGAUUAGAGCUCCCUAGAGCCACAGCUGGGGGCGGGGUGGGCAGCUGUAUUGAAAUCCUCCUCAGGUGAUCCUGGUACCCAUCUCCACCUGUUGGAAGAACCAGCCCUGUGUUUUAUAGAUGGGAGAAUCAGGGCAAAGUCAAAUGGCUUGCCUACAGCUGGCUCACUGGUUUCAAGAUUUUAUCACCAGAUAGUGUGCAAUUUCAGAGUUUUAUGGCUGGAAGAAAUUUUCCAGGGCAUCAAUUCUGUAACUCACUUUAUGGCUCCAUAUAAAUGACACUUGUUCAUACCAUUUCCAAGUCAGAUAUGAACACAGAGAAAUAGUGUUUUCUCAAAGCCUGUCUUCUGUUCUGGCCAAGGUAAAGAUCAAAAUGUCAGUCACCAAAAUUUCUUUGUAAUUUUAAUGGAUACUUUUUGUUAAUUUCAGGAACAGCAAGUUAUUUGCAGUAUUUUUUAUUAUGUAACCUGUGAUGCCCUGUAACAUUUUUUUUUGAAACUAUAGAAUAUUAAAAACUGAAGUGAAAGAUUAAAGUUUUAUAUGCGUUACUUAUUCAGUCUUAGAAUUUUCACUACUUUAUUAGAGUUUCUUUUGGAAAUCUGGUUGAUUUUUAACUUUUUGUUUGUUUGUUUGUUUGUUUUCUUUUCUUUUUAGGGUGUCUUACCUUGGAAACAGCACAGUUUGGCUUCCACGUCUUCUCUGAGCUUAGAGAGUCCUCUUUUCACCAUGUCGUCAGUAGGGACAGAAAACCAGGAGGAGCCCUCACAGCUUCCCCAGAUCAGGAGGGAAAAUAUGGAAUGUGUUUUACCGCUGACUGAACACAACCCAAUGAACUGUCCUGACAGUAGUUUGAAAACCAGCAGUUAGCAGUUUGUGCAGUCCCAACAUCACCCGGCACUUUCCAGAGCAGACUCACUGUUCACAGGACCUCUCAGCCUCACGCCCCGUAGGACCUCACGCUCGGCCAGUUUCAGAGAUUUCCGCACAAGAAAAGCACCCGGCACCCCACGUCCACAAUGGCGAUGGACGAGUACCUGUGGAUGGUCAUCUUGGGUUUUAUCAUAGCUUUUAUCUUGGCAUUUUCUGUGGGUGCCAAUGAUGUUGCCAAUUCGUUUGGUACUGCCGUGGGCUCGGGCGUGGUGACCUUGAGGCAGGCCUGUAUCCUGGCUUCCAUCUUCGAAACCACCGGCUCGGUGUUGCUGGGGGCCAAAGUCGGAGAGACCAUCCGGAAGGGCAUCAUCGACGUGAACCUGUACAACAACACCGUGGAGACGCUGAUGGCCGGGGAGGUCAGUGCCAUGGUCGGCUCAGCUGUCUGGCAGCUCAUCGCAUCCUUCCUGAGGCUCCCAAUCUCGGGGACUCACUGCAUCGUCGGGGCCACCAUCGGGUUCUCCCUCGUCGCAAUUGGUACCCAAGGUGUGCAGUGGAUGGAGCUGGUCAAGAUUGUUGCUUCUUGGUUUAUAUCUCCACUGUUGUCUGGUUUCAUGUCUGGCGUGCUGUUUGUACUGAUCAGAAUGUUCAUCUUAAAAAAGGAGGACCCCGUCCCCAAUGGCCUCCGGGCGCUUCCCGUGUUCUACGCCGCCACCAUCGCCAUCAACGUCUUCUCCAUCAUGUACACCGGAGCCCCAGUGAUGGGCCUGGUCCUCCCCAUGUGGGCGAUCGCCCUCAUCUCCUUCGGGGUCGCGCUGCUGUUCGCCCUCUUCGUGUGGCUCUUCGUGUGUCCGUGGAUGCGGAGGAAGAUAACAGGCAAAUUACAAAAAGAAGGUGCUUUAUCGAGAGUCUCUGAUGAAAGUCUCAAUAAAAUUCAGGAAGUGGAGUCCCCAGUGUUUAAAGAGCUGCCGGGUGCCAAGGUUCAUGACGACAGCACCGUCCCCCUCACGGGCUCAGCUGCAGAGCCCUCAGGGACCUCAGAAAGCAUGUCGGGGGGUCACCACCCCCGGGCCCCUUAUGGCCGGGCGCUGUCCAUGACGCACGGUACCACCAAGUCGCCCGUGUCCAACGGGACCUUCGGCUUCGACGGCACGGCGCGGACCGAUGGUCACGUGUACCACACGGUGCACAAGGACUCCGGGCUCUACAAAGACCUGCUGCACCGCAUCCGCGACGAGCGGCCGGCCGACGGGGCCCCGCGGCAGCUGCGGCGCAACAACAGCUACACGUGCUACACGGCGGCCAUCUGCGGGCUGCCCGGCCUGGCCACGCGCCGCGGCGACACGCCCGCGCCCGAGGACAGCGAGAAGCUGGUGGCCGACGCCGUGGCCUACUCGCGCCGCCGGCUGCGCUACGACAGCUACUCCAGCUACUGCAACGCCGUGGCCGAGGCGGAGAUCGAGGCCGAGGAGGGCGGCGUGGAGGUCCGGCUGGCGCCCCAGCUGGCCGAGCCCGAGCCGCCGCGCGACGACCCGGUGGACGAGGAGAAGGAGGAGAAGGACUCGGCCGAGGUGCACCUGCUCUUCCACUUCCUGCAGGUCCUCACCGCCUGCUUCGGCUCCUUUGCGCACGGCGGAAAUGACGUGAGUAACGCCAUCGGGCCCCUGGUGGCUCUGUGGCUCAUUUAUGAACAAGGUGCAGUCCUGCAAGAAUCGGCAACUCCCGUCUGGCUGCUGUUUUAUGGAGGGGUUGGAAUUUGUACGGGCCUCUGGGUGUGGGGGAGACGAGUGAUCCAGACCAUGGGGAAGGACCUCACCCCCAUCACACCAUCCAGCGGCUUCACCAUCGAGCUGGCCUCGGCCUUCACCGUGGUCAUCGCCUCCAACAUCGGGCUGCCAGUCAGCACCACGCACUGCAAGGUCGGCUCGGUGGUGGCGGUGGGCUGGAUCCGCUCGCGGAAGGCCGUGGAUUGGCGCCUCUUCCGCAACAUCUUUGUGGCCUGGUUCGUGACAGUGCCCGUGGCCGGGCUGUUCAGUGCUGCUAUCAUGGCGCUCCUCAUGUACGGGAUCCUUCCAUUCGUGUGAUCGCUCCUUGGCGGCCGGCAAACGAGAGACGGCCCGGGGUGUGUGUGUGGGUGCUGUGGGCUCACACCCGCACGCACACGCCAUGCCCACGCGCGGGCUGUCCCCCAGCCAGCGCCUCCACGCCCCUCUCAGAUGUUCCAGACCACACUGUCCACCUAGGUGUAGAGUCAUCGUCCAGAGCUAACUUAACUACUGUACAUAAUACUGUGCGUUCAACUGGUAUUGUGGCGACAUAACAUGGUGCGGUUACUUAUAUAUUAAAUAUAUAUUGUAUACAUAGAAUAAUAGCUAGUAUUAUUUCAGACAUGCUCGAGAUGGGAGUGGAGCUACCUGCCUAGAUUUCAAUAUUCAACAAAUCUUUGUACAUACCGAUUUCAGCGGCAGAUUUUAAGAACCUUUUAUAAGGAAAAUGUAGAUUGGAAGACGGUGUUUUUUCCCCCGUUUAAUAUACUGUAAUGUAAGUGAGACGCAGGAUGGAGGAGGCCCAUUUGGGAAGGCGUACGUGUGUCCGUGUGCUGUUGACUCAUACUGGAACAGGAGUUCACAAGUGCUUUCACUGAAGAAUUUGUUCAUAUACUGUGUAUUGAUUAUGUAAUAUAUCAUGAAUUGCUUCUGUAAAUACUUAAAACUGUAAUUUUUUAAUGGUGUGCUUCCCUUAUACUUUUUUGAUCAGAGAAUUUUGGAAAGUACCAAAGAAGCAGCGGAAUAGUUUGCCAGUAUUAUAUUUUCAUACUGUUUGUGUCCCCCCUUCCUUCUCACCAAUCCCAACAUCAACCCUGGGGUGUGGUGCGACCACCACCUGGAGCGGGGUGUAUGGUGAGACACCAGCCCCCGCCACGGGCACACCCCUCUUCCGGUCCCCCCAACACACCCCCCACUGCUGCCCGUGCCAGAUCCUGGCCCCUCGAUGCUGUCAGCGCAGAGGAUGCACGGACGUGAUCGAGUACUACGUGUCAAGUCCAGUUUAAACUCCCGCCCCCCUCCUCCCCUGCAGCCUGAAGAAUGGGACUCUGACCUCAGUCAUGAGGCAAGUGCUUUGGCCUUCUAGAAAUUCGGGAGUGGGGAGGGUUGACCUGUUAAGACAAUACACUGGACUUGAGGACUUCAUUGAGGCCUUCAUGGAGCGGAGCAUCCUGGUUGCUCUGCUGUGGUCCCCACUGGAGUCUUCUCUUUUUUUGAUAGCGGGAGGAAGUAUGACUAAUGCAAGAGCCUGAAAACUGUGGAAAUGCUGCUAAAACUUUUAUAUUGACAAACACUUUCUCGGUACUUCAUUGUGAUUUUUCAUUAAUCAACCAUAUUAAAUUUAUAAUAAAAAAUGCCCCUCAAAA